ACUGAACAACAUGCCAGCCAACUGUUAGUGCCCAGCUCUUUCUGCCAAAAUUUCGUCUGAGUACCGGGAAGGAACUCAAUGACCAUCUGAAGGCCAUGGGUCUGAGGACUGCGUUCUCGCGGAGAGCGGACUUCCGGCGAAUAUCGCUUCGUCCCCUUUCCAUCAGCAAAGUUAUUCACAAAGCUAUCAUAGAGGUGACUGAGACUGGCAGCAGGGCGGCAGCUGUGACAUCAGUUGAACUCGUCCUCUUGUCACUUCCUGUCCAGGUGAACGUGAACAAGCCCUUCGUGUUCAUCCUGCGCGAUAAGACUUCAGGGCUCAACCUCUUCAUGGGCAGAGUUACCGACCCUUCACAGGAGUAACGUCCCGUAGACAUCAUCGUGAAUCCCCGGUUAUCUCGACCUUUCGUGAAAUAAUCUUCAAUAUAACCUUCUGUAGCUUUAUUAAUAUUAUAUACAUAUAUAAUGUAACAGCACGUCACAGUACUUUUAACAUGAUGUAUCAAUACAUCUUAUAUUAGUAUGUAAUAAUAGCAAACAUUUGAAUAACGCUUUUUUUCAAAUAUAACUUUGCUCAGAGCUCUUCACAAAUAAAAAAAUGAACGAAAAGACCUACUUAUUAAGAAACCGUCAAUAAAAACAUCCACUGAGAAACACUCUCAGAUGGGACACACACAUUGUACAUGCAUCCAAGCAACAAGCUCACGGUCUGGACAAAGCAGCGCGAAGUUGUCGAUUUUCUUUUUAACAAAAAAGUUUCUAAGUUAAAAUUUAAUGAUGGUCAAGGAACUUUAGUGAUAAAGGCUGACGGACAUUUUGUUGAUUUGAUUAUUUGGCUUGAUAUUUUUAAUAUAUUCAGCACGUAUAGCACUACUUUUUGUAAAUUUUGAUCUUGCUGUACUUGAUGCACCCUACACAGAGAAUAAAUUUCUCUUGCUGAUC